AUGUCCUCUGGUAAAGUUUCUUAUCUGGUUGAAAAGACCCCAGCCCUCGUUAACGAGGUCGAGGGUCAAUCUGACGAAGGUCCAGAAAGCUACGACGGCUCUCUCAAUCAGUACAGAGAGCCUACAGGCGAGGAAAGCCGUACGUUGCGCCGCAUUAUUGGAUAUCCCAAAUGGUAUGUCUAUCUCAUCUGUCUCAUUGAGUUUGCCGAAAGAGCCUCCUACUACGGUACCGGGGAUCGUCUAUCCAACUUCAUCCAACGUCCAUUGCCUACCGGCGGGUCCGGCACUGGCGCAGUCCCCGCAGGCUCUGGUCAGUCUGCGGGUGCUCUCAACAUGGGUCUUCAGGCCGCGUCGGGUCUCACCUUGUUGCUUACGUUCUUGGCCUACUGUUUCCCUCUCAUCACAGGUUAUCUAAGCGACCGUUACCUCGGGCGUAUGAAAAUGCUGUGGAUGGGUGUGAUUACAGGUGUUGUUUCUCACAUUAUCUUUGUCAUUGGUGCCAUUCCUUCGGUGCUCAAGAAUGGCAAUUCUGCGCUCGCACCUUGCGUCAUAGGCAUCAUCACUCUUGCCAUCGCCACGUCCUUCAUCAAGCCCGUUCUGCUCCCCACUUUGCUUUCCCAGUAUCCUCACGAAACUGACGUUGUCAAGACUCUCAAGUCCGGCGAAUUGGUUGUUGUUGACCGUGAUGCAUCCCUCCAGCGCAUGACGAUGACCUUCUACUGGUCCAUCAAUUUCGGCGCCUUCGUCUCUUUGGGUACAGCAUACUGCGCCAAAGACAUCGGUUACUGGCUAGCUUACCUAAUCCCGCUCAUCAUCUACCUCAUCAUGCCCAUAGUCCUAAUAUUCCUGCGUCGCCACAUUAAGGACGAGCCACCAUCUGGUUACUCACUCCUCGCGGACUGCUGCAAAGUUUUGUCUGUCUGUCUUGAAGGUAACUGGAUCCGGCGGUACCGCGACGGCGAAUUCUGGGAAUACGCUCGUCCCUCUAACCUGAGGCAGAUGGGUCGCAACGGCUGGCGCAAAAAUAAACCAGGCUUUUACGCCGAGAGCCUUGUGUCUGAUACCAAAGCGACCAUGUCAGCCUGUGCCAUCUUCCUGUACUACGUUAUCUACAACAUUAACGAUGGCGGUAUUGGUGCCAUCGUUAACAAUCAGACCGCAAGCAUGGACGACAACGGCGUGCCCAACGACCUCAUCAACAACUUCAAUCCCUUGGCCAUUAUCAUUUCUAUGCCGCUUCUUGACUGGAUCGUCUAUCCCAUCUUCAGACGCUUCAAGAUUAACUUCAAGCCUGUCUAUCGUAUCACUGCCGGCUUCUUCAUCGCUUCGAUGGCCAGUCUUGCAGGUGCUAUCAUCCAAUAUCGCAUCUAUCAGACCUCCAGCUGCGGCUGGUACGCAACUAAUUGUGCUAAUGAUGGAACGGCCUUUUCUCCCAUCUCGAUGUGGGAGGUUGUUUCCGAAUAUACUUUGACAGGUUUCAGCGAAUGUCUGGCAAUGACUACUGGUUAUGAAUUAGCCUUCGAGAGAUCCCCCACCCACAUGAAGAGUUUCGUGAUGGCGCUGUUUUUAUUCACGAGUGCUUUAUCGGCUGCCCUAGGCGAAAUUGUGACACCCUCCUUGCAGGAUCCACACCUAAUCAUUCCAUUUGCCGUACUAACUGGAUUGGGCGUUCUCUUUGCUGCCAUAUUCUUGUGGAGAUACUGGGACUUGGAUAAGAUUAUGGAGAUUGAGAGGCAGGAGAGGCUUCUCCACGAAAGAACCAAGGAGAAGAUGCCUAUUUAUUCGUCACAUGUCGAUGAGCUGGAAUCAGGUAUUGAGCACGUGCUAAGCAUCACUAGUGCUGCUCAGUACAAGGAUCAAAAAUAA